AUGUUUUAUUUCCUGAUAAUUUUCAUAUUAUUAACCAGUUUAUUAAAUAAAUGUUUUAAAAUAAUGAAGAUAGUAAUUCCUCAAACGAGCGGUUUAAAUAUUGUUGAUAAAAAGUUCGAACCUAAAUAUUUUGUUAAAAAUAAAUUGAGAUUUGUUUCUCCUUAUGUAUAUACAUAUAAAUUAUUUUCGAAAAAACGAUGGGUAGGGAAAAAAAUUGCUGAUGUUAUGACAUCUGAAUUUUGUGCUUAUGAUAUGAAUUAUUUUAUAGAAUCCAUAAAAAAAGGAUAUGUAAAAGUAAAUAAACAAAUGGUUUCUACUGAUUAUAUAAUUCAAAGUAAUGAUUUUAUAGAACAUAAAUUAUUAUUAUUUGAAAAACCAGUUCUUUGUAAUAAAAUUAUUAUUCUUUAUGAAGAUCAAAAUUUUAUAUGUGUUUAUAAACACUCUAGUUUGCCUACACAUCCGGUGGGUUCUUAUCAAUAUAAUUCCCUCUUACGUAUUUUACAAAAUUAUAUAAGUACUUCUCAAAAGAUUAAACAGGACGAACAUGAUCAGGUAAUCGCACAAAACGAAAAAGAAAAUUACAAUCAAGAUGUAAGUCAAGAUGUAAGUCAAGAUGUAAGUCAAGAUAUAAAUCGAGAUAUAAGUCGAGAUGUAAGUCAAGAUGUAAGUCAAGAUAUAAAUCGAGAUAUACGUCAAGAUAUAAAUCAAGAUAUAAGUCAAGAUAUAAGUCAAGAUAUAAGUCAAGAUAUGAAUCAAAGUACAAACACAAAUACAAACACAAAUACAAACACAAAACCUGUAAAGGUCGAAGAACAAAGCGAACAUGUGAUAAAAAUCAAUUUUAAUUUUAAAAAGGAAAAUUUUGGUUUCAUGCUAGACGAUAUUAAAGAAAAUCCCUCAUGUGAUGAUAAAAAAAUAAAAAUAAAAAAUGAUCACAUAAGUAAUUGUACAAAUAAUAAUGAUAAUUAUAAUGAUAAACAUUUUACCUAUGAUGAUGAUAAGGAACAAACAUAUUACCACAAAAAUGUUACACAAAAUAUAAAUGAUCCACAUAGAAAAGAUGAGAUUCUAAAUAUAUCACAAGAAAAAAAAAAAAGAAGAAAAAUUAAACAAGCAAAUAUUAUAAAUAAUGAACAAAUUAAUAAUAUGGAAAUAGAAAAAAAACAAAAUGAAAAUAUCGUCGAUACGUUAAAUGUUUUAAUUAACUGUAGGCAAAAAAGUAUGAACCAAAUUAAUCAUGAUAAAGAAUAUAAUGCUGAUCAUAUAAAUAAAUGUAAGCAAAUAUAUGAGCAAAAUGAACAAAAUGUAGAAAAUGUAGAAAAUGUAAAAAAUUUACAAAAUGAACAAAAUGUACAAAAUGAACAAAAUGUACAAAAUGAACAAAAUGUACAAAAUGUACAAAAUGAACAAAAUGUACAAAAUGAACAAAAUGUACAAAAUAUUCAUAAUAUUCAUAAUAUUCAUAAUGUUCCAAAAUACAAUUCUUAUAAUAACCAUUUCGAUAAAGAUUUAAAAACACAAGACAAAUCAUAUAUCUAUACCCUUCACCGAUUAGAUAAGCUAACAUCAGGUAUUGUAUUCUUCGGAAAAAAUAAAAAAUUCUCCACCUAUUUUUCCCAAAAUCUUUCGGAUAAUAAAAUAAAAAAAACAUAUAUUACAAGAGUACAAGGAGAUUUUAGAAAAUUAAUCAAUAAAUUGUUACAUUCUAAUAAUAUUAUUAAAAGGGUAAACGGUCAAGAUAAUAAUUUAGACAAUAUUAUUAAUAAUUAUUGUAAUAGCAUGAAAAAUAAUGACAAUCUUAAAUUUAAUAAAUAUGAUGAAGAGAACUUAUUUGAAAAUGAUAUCUUCCUUUAUGAAAAUAAUUAUGAAAAAAAUAAUCAUGACAAAGAAACAUGUGGUCACAUGAAAGAAAAAAAUAUGUUUAAUAAAUUAAUACAACUUGUAAAAAAUAAAAAAGAGGAGUUGGAUAAUUAUUUUGAUAUGAAUAAAUUUGACAUUACAUAUGAUAUAAAUAAUGAUAAAUAUGGCGAUAUAAAUAAUGAUAAAUAUGGUGAUAAUCAUAAUAAUGAAGAUAUGAACAAUCUACAUAUAUAUCAUAAAUAUUUUAUCAUAGAUUUUGGUUAUAUAUAUUGUGAGAAUAAAAAAUUAUUAAAAUACGUUUUUACGAAAUAUACAAAAGAAAAUGGUCUUCAAUUUAAUGAUUAUUUAUUAAAACCAAGUAUAACGAAAUUUAUGUUCUUAUCAUAUAAUUCGUCCAUUGAUGAAUCCUUAAUUUUAUGUCAGCCGAUAACAGGAAGAACACAUCAAAUAAGAGCUCAUCUCAAAAGUUUAUCAUAUCCCAUAUCAAAUGAUGCUCAUUACAAUAAAACAUUUGAACAAGAAUAUAUUCACAAAUCAAAUUAUUUAUAUUUUGAUGAACGUACCAGAAGAGAACAUAUACAAAUGAAUGAACAAACAAAUAAUGUCCUACAAAAUAAUAAUACUAAUCAUGGUAAAAAUAAUAAAACAUUUAAUAAUGAUAAAGAAUUAUUUGAACAUGAAACUACCAAAAACCAUUCAUAUAAUCAAAAAACACCUUGUGAAAAAUAUAAUUAUUUUCCUCUCAUUCCGUUUAUUAAUACAUCUUUCAAUUGGCUAUAUGAUCAAAAUAUUAAUUUAAAUCAAGAAUAUAAUGAAAAAGAUAUGAACAAGUAUUUUUUCAAAAAUAUUAAUAAUGUCUCUUAUCAUAGUUCGGGGAUAUUCUUACAUUCAUUCAGAUACACAUGGACAAAUAUUUUUGAUGUUUUUACCCUUCUUCCAAAAUGGUGUCAAGCUUUUUACCUUCCACAAACAUUAAUAGCUUUCUUAUUAUACGGAGAUUUGUCAUAA